CGUGGGCCGGACGAUUUGUUUGUACCACUUCAGGGGAGCACAAAUGGUGGCGCAGGUUUUCUAGCUACUAGCUUGCCCGGAAGCACUCUGGACAACGAAGCCAAGAAGGCAAAAUUAGACCGGUCGAUUAGCCUACUAGCAUCAGCCAGUGGCAUGGUUUUGCCAUCCGCACAACAGCAGAUCCUGACGGCUGUAGCGCUUGCCGGUGGUGCUCCACUGCUGCACAGUCCGGCUAUCUUUAACCAGACGAUAGCCGCCAACAACGAGAAGCUCAGUUUUGUAGAUACGUCACUUAUGGCUGCUACAACAUCGAGCAGUGUUUUAAAUGGACAGCAGAUCUCUCGUGUGGUGCACUUACGGAACAUACCAUCGGACAUGACAGACCUGGAGUUGGUUCACUUUUGCAUGCCGUACGGAAAACUUGUCAACUACCUACUGCUGAAAGGAAGAAACCAGGCGUUUGUGGAAUAUGAGGACGAACAGAGUGCACAGACGCUAGUCACAGUCUCAGCAACAUGUCCAGUGGCAAUCCGCGACAGGUUACGCUUUUCGACAAUAUUUUGUCAGUUUUCAACUCAUCAGGAACUGAAGACAAAUCGACGUCCCUAUAUCACGGCAGUUGGUGGGGGAGCGAACAUCGGCGACCGCGACGACUGUGCCGAGGUUUGUUAG